UCCAGAUGAAUGUGAGAUCUACGCUUAGAAUGGCGUGGCUUCAAACGUAAUACGCUAUUCGUUGUCGUAAACUGGUGCUAAGAAAGCUAAACAACAACAGAGUCAACUGCGUGGAUAUAAAGUCGUUGUAGUUUUACUGGGACACCGACGUUUAGUAAGGCAAUGGCAGCGUCUUCUUCGUCCUCUUCUGCGGGAGGAGUUAGCGGCAGCUCGGUGACUGGUUCUGGGUUCAGUGCUUCAGAGCUCAUUCCCCCGAGGAAAGUCCUGUAUACGUAUCCUAAAGGUGCAGGUGAAAUGAUGGAAGAUGGCUCUGAUAGAUUUUUAUGCGAGUCUGUGUUCAGCUACCAGGUUGCCUCAACACUGAAACAGGUUAAACACGAUCAACAAGUGUCUCGAAUGGAGAAACUUGCCAGCCUGGUGGAGGAGCUGGAAGCAGACGAGUGGCGGUACAAACCCAUCGAACAGCUACUGGGAUUUACACCGUCUUAAAUGUAGAAAAUCGGAUGCCUUUGGUUAUUAAAUCGGCCAAAUAGAAUGAAAACAGAAGAAGAUGUUUUAUUUCAGUUCAUAGAUGAUGUUCCCUCUUCUGGAGAUGAUAAUAUAUCUUAAGAGUGAGAUGUUACCUGAAGAUAUUGAAUGUGAGAUGUAUUAUUUUGCCACUUUUACUAUUGUAUGUUUGCUUGUUUAAAAAAAAAAAAAAAAAAAACUUGUCAUAUUAGACCCAGCACACUAAAUCCGCCCUUGUCAACAGAAAUGUUCUUGUAUAUUAAAAAACUGCACAAUUUAACAUUUUGUAACAGAUCAUUAACAGAUUUUCCAUCUGCUUUAGGGUGUUAAAAGCGAUUCUGUCAGUUCAAUCUGCUAUUACCCUGGAUGUAAAGGCAAAUAAUAUCUUUGGUAAUAAAUCCAUUGAAGUGAAGCAUUGUGUUUCCACAUGGAUGCACUGUGCUCAUAAAUCUGAAUCUCUGCUUCCUCACCAGUCUCUCCUUUCUCUGUCGGCCUCCACCGCUGCUCGCUGGAGCAAAACAAAGAGAGCUUGUAAAUAAAGUCGUACUUGGACAUUC